AUGACCGUUUCUAUCAAGCUUUAUACCAACCACGGUUGCCCCUGGGCACACCGAGUCCAUAUUGCCUUGGCUGAGCUCAAGCUACCGUUCGAAGAGGAAACUGUUGACCUGAGCGUUCCCCGUACCGCGGAAUACCUGGCUGUCAAUCCCCGCGGUCUUGUCCCCAGUCUAUUAUACAAUGGCCAUGUCAUCACAGAAUCCGCCAUUGUUGCUCAGUUUUUGGCCGAUGCACAUCCCUCUCAUUUGAUCCCAAUUGGAGGCACUCCUGAGGGAGCUCUUGCUCGCGCCAGGAUCAACUUCUUCGUCGACACUUUCUUCAGCAAGGCACAUCCUCACUAUCACAGGGCACUUUUUGCGAGCUCCGAAGGAGAAGCCGAGAAAGCUGCAGCUGAGUUUAUCAAGCAGCUUGAGAAGGAAGUGGAACCGCUAUUGGGCGAUGCAGGUCCUUACUUUGGAGGAAGUCAAACAUUGACGUUGGCCGAGGUGCUGACCGGUUCGUUCAUCCUGCGAUUGUUGGCUCUACCCAAGAACGGUGUCGGACCUGAAAGUCUGAUCAAGGAUCUACCUGCCAAGACCCCCAAUUUCUAUAAAUGGGCGACAGCUGUGGUGGAGCAUCCUAGUGUGAACGGCAUCUGGAACGAGGAAAACGUUGUGGCCAGGACAAAAGCACGAUUGGCAAGGCUCAAGACAUAG